AUGGCACGCAAGAGAAGUAACACAACCACAUCCCUCCCCACUCCAGCACCAGCGAACAUCGCUAAUAGGGAGUAUCACCGCUCGUCUGAGACGAACGACGCUUUCGAUCGCGACAUCGAGUAUCCCAAUUCAAGCCGCCCCUUCCUGGAACCAGAACAAGCCAACAGUGAAGAAAACAGCGGCGUGAGCAGUAGAGACGCUUACGACUUCGUCGAAGUAUCGAAAGAAGUACCACACAGUCCUUCCCCCUCUGACAUCCCAGCCGCCUGCCAUCUGGAUGAUAUACAGGAGUUGAGCAACUUGGACCAAAAGACGCGCAAACGCGGUUUGCCAAGAGCGGAGAGGAAGAGAAUGUUGUUGGAAUUGCAAGACAAGUUGACCGCAGAGCGGAAGAGGAAGGCCGAGGAGGCAGAGAAGCAGAGAGCCGAGGAGCUUGAAAAGGAAUAUGUUCAAGUGCGGAGGAAGGGUGGAGAAGAGGUAUAA